GUGACAAAGAAGCAUCUCCAGUUUACAGGUUCCAGUUUAGUUUUCAGAUCUUGUAACCAGUAAAUUUGCCCUAGUCACCAAACACAUAAAAUUAACGUUGCAAUGUCCGACCCAAGGUUGCGCCAGCUUACGAUCAAAACAGGUGUAGUGAAGCGCUUGUCCAAGGAAAAGACCGUGUAUGAGAAGGAGGUCGUCACCCAGCGGAACCGUAUCGACAGACUGAAGACGGAAGGGGCUGACGAUCACGUUCUUCGCAAGCAGGAGGAAGUGCUGCAAGAAUCGAUGAUGAUGGUUCCGGACUGUCAGCGAAGAUUAGCAAAGGCGUUUGAAGAGUUGAGUGAAAUGAUCAAAAACGAAGAAGAGCUGAAGGAGAGCAGUCAGUACACUGCUGCGGUGGCCAUUCUUGAGGACGCUAAAGUGAAUCUGCCUCAUUAGUGUAUUUUCCAACCACUGAUCAUCAUUAGCUGCUAACAAUUUAUCAUUUUAUAACCGUUAACUACAAUUUCACUGAGUUCCUUAGUUUAAGCUAAUACUAAUGCGGUAAACAUGUCAA